AAACGCGUCGUUUCUUUUUUCAAUGGUUCGACAUUGUUUUCUCCGGCGAUGUAGUCUCCAACACGAGGGUUUCGAUUCAUCUUCUUCCCCCCGACCCUUGUUUUUACCAGUUACGCAUUCAUCUUCUUAAAGUCUUGAUUCCAUCAUCCCUGAUCUUCAUAAACAGAGUCUUUCACAAACCAAAUUUUUUUUUGAAAGUUCAGUUGUUCAAUUCAACUUAAGAUAUUCUUUUUUCUAAAGUUUUCAGUUCAAUUGUGGUUUAAGAGAUAUGUUUAAAUGUUCUCUUGGAGUAUAUAUAUGUUUGAAAAAGGUUAGUGGAGGAGACGGUGGUGGUGGUAGCCAACAGCAUGACGGCACUGAAACUGAUAGGAAGAAGAAACGUUACCAUCGUCACACCUCUCAACAAAUUCAACGACUUGAAUCGAGUUUCAAAGAGUGUCCUCAUCCAGAUGAUAAGCAGAGGAACCAACUUAGCAGAGAAUUGGGUUUGGCUCCAAGACGAAUCAAGUUCUGGUUCCAGAACAGAAUAACUCAGCUUAAGACGCAACAUGAGAGAGCAGAUAACAAUGCACUAAAGGCAGAGAACUACAAGAUUCGAUGUGAGAACAUAGCCAUUAGAGAAGCACUCAAGCACGCUAUAUGCCCUAACUGUGGAUGUCCUCCCGUUACUGAAGAUCCUUACUUCAAUGAGCAUAAGCUCCGGAUCGAGAAUGCACAUCUUAGAGACAAGCUUGAAAGAAUGUCAACGUUGCAUCAAAGUACAUGGGAAGACCAAUGUCCAUGACUGGUCCUUCACUGUUGGAUCUGUCCAUGACUGGUCCUUCACUGGAUUUUGAUCUUCUUCCACGGAGUUCUAUGCAUUCUCAGCCUAAUAACCUGGCUACUAUAUCAGACAUGGACAAGCCUCUUAUGAACGACAUUGCUUUGACUGUGAUGGAAGAAUUGCUUAGGCUCCAAGCAAUAUUGGAGGGGAUAUUUGUCUUAAACACUCAUCAUGAGAGAUGCUUUGGGAUGAUGGUAUACUCGAAAUUGUCUUUAGACCAGAAGUGUUGAGUUUUGUUCAUUGCUCAAAGGGAAAAGAGAACUACUUCGGAAAUGUUUUUGGAAGCUUGACUUGAUUUGAUUGCUUGAACAAAUUAGAGAUCAAGCAACCUUACACAUAACGUCUGAAGGAUCGCAAGUUCAAUUAUGGUGGGAAAGAUAUAUUCUCCUAACUAAGUAGAGUUAAUUUAACAUGGUUUGUGCUUCGUUAUAAGGAAUGUACGGGGCUUCGGCCUAGAAUUUCCCAUUCUUAAAAGAAAGAUACAUAUCGUCAUGAUGUUGUUGUUUUAUGCUUCGGCUCUAUUGAUAUAUUUGUGUGAGCUUCACCAUCUAUUACGAUCAUGAAAAGCAGCAAAAUUGUGUCUUUAGAUUCUCAAUGGUGCAUGUAUAAUAAUAGUAUUUAACUUCAGAAGAUACUGUCUCAGA